AUGAUUUUUUUAUAUGAAUCAGUUAGACAUGAUAUUAUAGCUGCUAAGCUACAUAUAAGCAAAGGCAUACGUAUUUAUAUUGAACUUAUAUUUAUUAGCUUGAACAAACUCAAAUACUAUGCUACUAAGAGAGUAGAGAUUUUUAAUACAACUUAUUAUAAAUAUAUCCUUACUAAUACAAGAAGGUUUUUUCUCUUAGUUAAAAUCGGAAAUAUCCCUUUAGGAGAUAAAGACUUUAUUUUUGAUAAAAUAAAAGAAGCUUUUGAAGAUAUUAGCCAGAUUGCUUCUAAUAAACUAUUAUUAAUUAAAGGUACUUUAUACUUAACUAAUCAGUAG